UGGAACUCGGUGUAACAGAGCCCCCAGUGGUAGCGCCCCGUCUCAGAACCCGGUGCGGGAGACGUUCUCCCCGCCCAAGGAGGGAAGGCGGGCGGGACUCCCAACCGGCUUGCCCGGGUCCCCCUGGGCCCCAUGAAUAACCAGGCGCGGACCCCAGCCCCCUCCUCGGCGCGGACUUCAACCGCAGUCCGGGCUUCUACCCCGACCCGGACGCCCACUCCACCCCGGACCCUGACUGUGGUCCGGACUCGGACCCCCAUCCGGACCCUGACUCCAGUCCUGACUCCGUCUCCAGCCGGGACUCCCACUCCGGUCCUGACUCCCGCUCCAGCCCAGAUCCCCACUCUGGUCCCCACUCCCACUCUGGCCCGGAUCCCCCGUCUGGUUCCGCCUCCUGCUCUGGCCUGGAUCCCUACUCCGGUCCCGACUCCUGCUCCCGUCCGGAACCCAACUCCGGUCCCGACCCCGGCUCGGACCCUGACUCCUCCAGUCCGGGUCCCAGCCCCAGCCCCAGCCCAGGUCCUGGCAGGGAUUCGGGCCGCGCUCCCCGUCUUGGACUCCUACCUGGCCCCGGCCCUACCUUUGGAUCCGCCCCCGGAACCUGCUCCGGAGCUGCCUUUGUCGCCCGAGGAGGACCCUGAGCCGGCGCCGAGCCUGAAGCUCAUCCCGUCGGUCUCCAGCGAGGCCGGGCCCGCCCCGGGGCCCCUACCCGCGCGCACCCCGCUGGCUGCGAACUCACCCAGGCCCACCCUGGACUUCACCUUCAGAGCAGACCCAUCGGCCACCGGGCUGGCGGAUUCCCCCAUUCCCGGUCCUGUCCCCGCGCCCAUCCUGGGGACCAUCCCGUCGGCCAUCUCCUUACAGAAUUCUACGGAAACCUUCGCCUCCUCCAGCGAGAACUUAGCGCUGGACAAGAGGGUCCUGAUUCGAGUGACCUACUGGUGGUCUCUCCCACUCUCUGUCUCCCCACCUCACUCUCUCUCUCUCUCUCUUUUGUUUGUGUUUGUGUUUCGGACAAGUCUUGCUUUACUGCCCAGGCUGGAGUGCAGUGGUGCAAUCACUGCUCACUGCAGCCUCAACCUCUAGGGAUCAAGCGAUCCUCCCACCUCAGCCUCCUGAGUAGCUGAGACUACAGGUGUGCACCACCAUGCCUGCCUAAUUUUUUUUUUUUUUGAGAUGGAGUUUCACUCUUGUUGCCCAGGCUGGAGCGCAAUGGCUCGAUCUCUGCUCACUGCAACCUCUGCCUCCCGGGUUCAAGCAAUUCUCCUGCCUCAGCCUCCCAAAUAGCUGGAACCACAGGCAUGUGCCACCACGCCUGGCUAAUUUUGUAUUUUCUUUUAGUAGAGAUGGGGUUUCACCAUGUUGGCCAGUCUGGUCUCGAUCUUCUGACCUCGUGAUCCACCCGCCUUGGCCUCCCAAAGUGCUGGGAUUACAGGCAUGAGCCACCGCGCCAGCCACGGCACCUGGCCCCUAAUUUUUUAAUUUUUUGUAGAGGCGGGGUUGGGGUGGGGUGCGGGGGCAGUAUCAC